AUGUUGAUUAGUCUUUGGAUUGCACAAGGAUACAUUGUGCCAUUGAAUGGAGGCCAAAGCAUAGAAGAUGCGGCAGAGGAGCACUUUUUGAUUUUAUUACGAAGAUGUUUCUUUCAAGAUGUAAAGAAGGAUAAAUAUGAUGAUGCUAAGUCAGUUCAAAUCCAUGACUUGAUGCACGAUGUUGCGCAAGAAGUGGGAGGGAAAGAAAUUCAAGUGCUGAAUUCUGUUGCAGACCAUAACUUUGGAGAUAAAAUUCGGCAUGUGCAUUAUAUUAGUAACAAAUGUCCGGAAAGAUCUUUUAGAAAGACUAAAAUCCGUUCAUAUAUCGAUGAAAAUCGGUAUAAGCCAAAAUCUUGGGGUAUACCAGUAGGAAAUUGGAUAUGUCUAAGGGUGUUGCACUUGCGAUAUUUAGGUGGUGAUAGCUCACUUGAUUCAAUAGGUAACUUGCUACAUUUAAGGUAUCUUAAUCUCUCUAGUAGUUUUUUUGAGGCCCUCCCUGGUUCAGUUACUAAGAUACAUAACCUACAGACAUUAGAUUUAUCAUAUUGCAUAAAUUUGAAAGAGUUGCCGCAUGAUUUCAGUAAGCUACAUAAUCUGCAAACAUUAAAUUUGAGGAACAGCAAUUUGAGAGAGUUGCCACAUGAUUUUAGCAAGCUACAUAAUCUGCAAACGUUAAUUUUAGCGUUGUGCAAAAAUUUGAAAGAAUGGCCACGUGAUUUUGGCAAAUUGGUAAAGCUUAAGCACUUGGAUAUAUCUGUUUCGGGGGUGACCUAUAUGCCUUCCGGCAUGCUUGGGUUGACUAGCGUUAGAGUGCUAACUGAUUUUGUCGUCGGUAGAAGAUUAACUGAGAAACAAUACGGCGACGAGCUCAAAGAUCUAAAAUCCCUCACCAACCUAACAGGUGGCAUCAAGAUUCAUGUCGAUGAAAAUUAUAGAAGUAUAGAAGGCUUGAAUGACAUGAGAGGAGGUUAUCUGAGUAAUAUUGAACAUCUCAAGAAGGUUUUCUUUCGCAUUACUCAAAAGAAUAACCCUGAAGCUGUGUGGGUAAAGUUAGAGCCACAUCCAAAUCUUAAGAAAUUAUACUUAAGGUUUUAUAGUGGUACAACAAUUCCACUGUGGGGUAAAUCAGAGUGGACAGUCUCCCUCCCCCAUCUUGUCAAGAUCCACAUUGAUUCUUGUGAGAAGUUGCAGCAUAUGCCAUCAUUUAGUAAACUACCUAAAUUGAAAUCACUGAAACUUUUGGAUUUGUAUAUGUUGGAGUACGUGGAGAACCCAAACGACGGUAGCAACUAUGCAGAAGCAGAUUCUACAACAAUAUUCUUUCCUUCCCUCGAAUCUCUUCAAAUCCAAGGUCUUAAAAAGUUGAAAGGAUGGUGGACUGAAGAAGGGUUGGUUGAUGUUGAUUACUGCUUCAGGAGACGAUUAGGAUUUUCCCGUCUUUCUGAAUUGGAAAUCGAUAUGUGCCCUAACCUGGCAUCAUUUCCUCCUUGUCCAAUGGUGAAAAAAUUGCGUUUCAGGGAAACCAAUAAAGCGUCACAAAUACUCAAGAUGAUUAUGGGUAAAGAAAAUGAUAUUGUUGCAAAGACUUGUUCACCAGAUGAUGUCCAAGUACAGGAGAUCACAGGUGUGGGUUAUCAUGCAUCAUGUCUCACUACCCUCUGCAUAUUAGGCGAUAGUGAGCUGGAGAAUUUAUCAGAGAUCGAGGAGAUAUUUGAGAGCUGUGCGUCUUCCCUGCAAAGCCUUAAAAUUGUUGAAUUCAACCUUCUCAAUCAACUUUCUGGAGGGUUGGAGCAUCUCACAGCAUUGAAAUCGCUCUCUCUUAUUGGCAUGGAUCAAUUGAACUUCUCAGAAGACGAUGACGAGGACAACGUGAUGCAGCCUUGGAAAUCCUUGCAUCAGAGCCUCCAUAGUCUACAGUUUACUAAACUGAACAAUAUGACAAGUCUUCCCAAGGGCAUGCAGUAUUUAACCUCCCUGCAAACCCUCAAUCUUGAAUAUUGUGUGAAUUUAAAAGCCCUGCCAGAAAGUAUUAGCUGCUUAUCAUCUCUUCGAGCCCUCACCAUCCGAAGUUGCAAUGCUCUCAAAUCACUUCCAGAAGCAAUAUGCAACCUCACCUCCCUCCAAUCUCUUCAUGUAGCUGGUAAUCGGAGACUACGACAAAGAUAUAGAAAACCAAAUGGGAUGGACUGGCCCAAAAUUCAACACAUCCCUGACCUUCAAGUAUUGUGA